UUAACCAGGCGCCUAAUUUAUUCUCCCCUUCUAAAUGAUGCAACUAUGUAAUAACCACCGGUGGAGGUGGAGGCGAAAUAAGCAAAUUUAAUUAGUGCGCUCGCUUGGGUGCACUUAUUUGCACGUCAUUUACCGUUCUGGAGGAGCCUGUGGCCGGCCGGCCUAUUUGGCUCUUGUUGCCGUUUAAUGACGGGAUGGCCAUUGGUUUGGAAAACUAACAAGUCGAGGAGCGUAAUGAAUAAUGCCUAAGCACGCGCGUAGCCAAGAGGUGUGAAAUUGGGCACACUCGGGCGGUACUUGGAGCACUUUCUGGGUCCUAACUGCACCAGAUGACCAGUGGCGAAGGAAUGGAACGGUUUUUGGCGGAAGUGCAACUACCGAAAAUGUACGCUUAUCAGGAAAGAAACUGAAACCCCGAGGUCUGACUUAAUCCCAUCAGGAAAUUAUAGAAACACAAUUCCAACAUAAUUCAAAGCCUGCAAAACCCUGGCGAUUUGUUCUACUCUCAAGAUAAUUUGCCUUCUGGCUCUCUUCAAGCUGCAACCAACAAUGAAAUGACGAAGGCAGCACCACUGGCUGGCUGUGGCUCUCCCGCUUCGCCACCAAUGCGGCUGAUGAAGUUCCAGCCGAGCCUCAGUUGCCUGGCGACUAGCGAACUGCUUGGACGUGCUCGUCGGUCCCGCCUUGAGUUUGAAUUCCUCCCAGCCAGCCGAAAAAUCCGAAAUUUUGGGGAAAUGCUGCUUUCAAUGCAAAUGUGGCGCUCUCUGUGGCUGGCGGCCCUCUUCUGCGGAUUAGCCCAGGCCAAAGGCUCCCACAAAGUGCACUGCGCGGAGGAUCAAAUGAGAGUGGACAUCGGUCUGCCAGAGGCGGCGGACUCCAAGGACCAGAGUGCCCCGCAGAUAUAUCUCGAGGGACUUAAAGGAUAUCCGGAUGUGCGUUGCCAACCCCAGAUUGAUGGCUCGCUAGCCGUAUUCCGGCUGUCGUUGAGUGACUUUUACGAAUGCGGAGUGACGAGAAUGGUUAACCAGCUAACGGGCAAGAAGGUGUACUACCACAAGAUCAUCAUCGAGUCGGCCAACAGCAAGGAGAUUGUCAGCGUCAAAUGCAUCACCAGCAGCAGUCCCGCCUAUAACGUCAUGAUGAAUGCGACCACCACCAGCUCCAGCUCGAUGUCCAGCGGUGGCCGUGGCCUGGUCAAGCGGGAUGUGCUGCCGGCGGGUUUCCAGGAACCCGAGGAUCUGGAGAUCACCACGUCGCUGACCAAGAGAGCCCCAGAGCCGCGACUUUCCAUUGGCGUUAGCCAGGACGGACAGAAGUUCACCAGGGAUUUGACAGUCAAAUCGGGCACCCCGUUGACCAUGGAAAUCAACCUUGAUGAGGACUCUGCACCAGUUUAUGGCCUGGGUGUGAACUAUCUGGAUGUGACGGAUACGCAUACGUCCUCGGAAACGCUUAUCUUCAAGGGCUGCACUGUGGAUCCAUAUCUCUUCGAAAACUUCAACACCAUCGACGGGGAUAUUUUAAGUGCCAAGUUUAAGGCCUUCAAGUUCCCCGACUCAUCGUACGUUCAAUUCCGGGCCACGGUCAACGUGUGCUUGGACAAGUGCCUAGGCACUCAGUGCUCCAACAACCAGGUGGGCUUCGGCAGGCGUAAGCGAGAGAUCAGUGCGGCGAACAAGGUCUACGAAAUAUCGCUGGCCAUGUUCCUGCAGGUGGAGGAUAUUGAAGGAGUCAAUAAAAAUGAGGUCCUGCAGCUGGAGGAGAAACUGCGAGAAUUGAAGCUGGCCAACCAGCGUCUUGCCAGAAAUAGUCGCGGCAAUUUCGCGGAGGAGCAGACGCCUGCCAGUGCUCAGCCCGCCUUUGUGGUGGACGAACGGGAGCUGGGACACCUCAGCUCGGCAUCGGGAUCGGCAUGGAAUGGUCUUACGUUGGCCCUCUGGACGCUGCUCGGUGCUGUCCUUAGUUGGCGGCUGAUGCAGAAGUUGUAAAUCUCUCAAGGUGUGAAAGGCGUGCGAGUGCGAGGAAUGCUAAUCAGGUCGGAAUUGCGUGCAGUGGCAAUGAACGAAGGAGGGAAUAUUAAUGUACUACCUAACUACUAAUAUAUACCUAUACUUGAUGUAACUGCCAUUUACAAAACGUAAUUAACUUUAAACGUAUGCGUAGCUUAAGUUUUCUACGACUUAUGGCAGGCGACGUGGCGGCAUUGCGACACAAAACAGACAACAGACAACAGUGAUUCUUAUAAAAAUACACAAAACUCUUACAUACUAUAUAUAUAUAUAUAUAUAAAUAUCUGGAGAACUUGAUGAACUCGGUCUAACUCAUAAGCACCUACUAGUCUCCUAAGUGUAACUGUUAAGCUAAUUUAAUUAACGACUAAACUAAACGAAUUAAUUGAUUAAACAGAGCUCUGAUUGAAAGGA